GGAGGAGAGGAGGAGAGGAGGAGAGGGCGUGUGUGAUAUGACAAAAAACACCCUUAAUGAUUGGUCAAGAAGACUCUUCCCCCUUCAAAGAAGAGAGUGCUGCAGAUAAGGUACAGAUCAGAAACCACCUCUAGAAAUCGAGCAAUAGAUCUCUCUUCUCUCUCACUCUCUCUCUCUCUCUCUCUCUCUCUCUAUCACACCCUUCAUCACAAGACAAGAUGGUGGGUCCAAAACUAACUCUUCAACUAGUUGUCUGACAAUUCGACACGUGUCGUUCAUCCUGAUCUUGUUUCAGUACUAUUGCCCCCACCGAAUCAUUAUCUCCUCUCGCUCCUCCUCCUCCUCCUCUGUCUGUGUGUUAAUCUCCCUCUCUAGGCUCUUGUCGCUUUCUGUCUGAACCUGGCAAGAACCUUUAGCCUCUCUCUCUCUCUCUCUCUCUCUUUGUGUUCUCUGUUCUGUUUCAACUUUCUUCUCUCAGUUUCUGUACAAUUUCCUCUUUAUCUAUAGAGAGAAAAAUCAAAACACUCUUCUUGUGUAAGGAGAGAGAGAGAGAAAAUAUUUUUUCUUCUUCUUUCCCCUUUCUUUUUCCUCUCCCUAGCUGCUAGAGCUCUCGGUUUUGUUACGUGUGAAGAAGCUGCUAAUAUCUUCUUUUCAUUCAGAGGCUUCUAAAUCUGAUCUCUAACAUGGAACAAGUGUUUGCUGAUUGGAACUUUGAAGAUAAUUUUCACAUGUCCACUAAUAAAAGAUCAAUCAGACCAGAAGAUGAACUAGUGGAACUAUUGUGGCGAGAUGGUCAAGUGGUUUUGCAAAGCCAAGCUCGUAGAGAACCAUCAGUCCAAGUCCAAAACCACAAACAAGCCCUAAGAAAACCUCACAACAUUUUUCUUGACAACCAAGAAACAGUACAAAAGCCUAACAACGCUCUUCUCGAUGAUCAAGAAACCGUCUCCUGGAUCCAAUACCCUCCCGAUGACGUCGUUGAUCCCUUCGAAUCUGAGUUCUCCUCUCAUCUCUUCUCUUCGAUCAAUCACCUCGACGGUCCAGAGAAGCCACGGUCGAUCGAAGAGACCGUUAAGAGCGAGGCUCAAGCCAUGGCUCCUCCUAAGUUUAGGUCCUCCGUUAUAACCGUCGGGCCUAGCCAUUGCGGGAGCAACCAGUCCACGAAUGAUCAUCAGGUGAACACACUUCCGGUAUCUAUGACUGAUAGAAGCAAGAACGUCGAAGAAAGACUUGAUACUUCGUCAGGCGGCUCGUCCGGUUGCAGCUACGGAAGGAACAACAAAGAAACCGUUAGUGGAAGAAGCGUAACCAUUGACCGUAAAAGAAAACAUGUAAUGGACGCGGAUCAGGAAUCUGUGUCUCAAUCAGAUGUUCGUUUGACCUCAACUGAUGAUCAUCAAGUCACAGGAAACAAAUCGAGCCAACGGUCUGGAUCUACACGAAGAAGCCGUGCAGCCGAAGUUCAUAAUCUCUCAGAAAGGAGGAGGAGAGAUCGAAUAAACGAAAGAAUGAAAGCUCUUCAAGAACUCAUACCUCAUUGCAGUAAAACAGAUAAAGCUUCGAUAUUGGAUGAAGCAAUUGACUACUUGAAAUCACUUCAAAUGCAACUUCAAGUGAUGUGGAUGGGAAGUGGAAUGGCGGCGGCGGCGGCAGCAGCAGCAACGACUCCGAUGAUGUUCCCGGGCGUACAACCAUCUCCGUAUAUGAAUCAGAUGGCUAUGCAGAGUCAGAUGCAAAUGCCUCAAUUCCCGGUUAUGAACCGGUCAGCUCCGCAGAACCAUCCCGGUUUAGUGUGUCAAAACCCGGUUCAAUUACAGCUCCAAGCACAGAACCAAAUGUUAUCGGAUCAGCUAGCUAGGUACAUGGGCGGGUUCCCCCAGAUGCCGUCGGCGGCGAAUCAGGCAGUGCAACAGCCAACAACGGACAUGAUGAAAUUUGGGUCUCCGGCGGGACCGCAAAGUCAACUGUCGGCACCGGCUACCACCGACAGUCUUCGUAUGGGGUAAAUAGGCUGACGUGGCGUAUAGUAUUAUUUUCUCCGAUAUUUAUAAUUUUAUUUUUUGGUCGGGAUGAAAGCUUAAAACAAAUGUAUUAUAUAGAACUUAAUAAGGUUAGUGUCAAUACUUUUAUACUUCUAAAUUUAUUUGAUUGAGGACAGGCAUACA